AUGGAGCUGUCAUGCAAACUCUUCAUAUUAGUUCUCCUCCUCCCAAUAGCUGCAAGAUGCAGCACUGAUUCCAUCUUUCAGGAGUGUGGUAAGAACUUCAGCAUAAGCAGCAACAGCUUGCUGCAAGAUAACAUCAACAAUGCUAUUUUUGGCCUCUUAACAAAGACUGCUCUCUAUGGCGCCGCUACGGCAUCCUAUGGUGUAGGCACUGACACUAUUUAUGGUCUCACUCGUUGUCGAGGGGACAUUAGUCGUGAGAUAUGCUCUGCUUGCAUCUUAGACGCAACAUAUAAGAUCCGAACAAUCUGUCAUUUUUCCGCUGAAGCGCGAAUUUGGUAUGAGUAUUGCUUCCUUCGUUACGAUUCAAACAAUUUCCUAGGAUUCUUAGACACCAGAAAUACCAAUGUAUGGUAUACAUCACAUAUAGCAGCGGAUCCUGUGAACUUUGAUCAAGCUGUUGGGAGAUUAUUAGAAACAGUGAAAGUGGCCGCCGCUGCGGGGGAUAAAAAGUUUGGUCGAGGUGAGAAUUUUGUUUAUAAGUCUAAUAUUACUAUUUACGGAAUGGCACAGUGUACCCCUGAUCUUCAAGAAUCAACAUGCAACCAAUGUUUAGAUGCAUUAUUGGAGGUUAUGACAAGGAAUUGCAAAUAUCACUUAGGCUGUUAUGUUAUUAGUACUAGUUGCGUGUUGAGGUAUGAGAUUAAUGAUUUUCUCUUUCGCGACAUAGCUCCAAGUCCGAAAGCAUAA